CGUCUUUCUUCUACUUAAAUGUAGACCACCUGCACUGAAGUUCGAGUCACAACAAACUUUAAGGAUUCUUUUGAAACUUAGCAAUACCUAGAUCUCAAUAUUAAUACCCUACCUUUGAGAGAAGUCACGAAAAUUUUGGUUAUCUCAGUCCACCUCUAAAUCGUCAUAUAUCUUCAGCAUGUCGGCCCCGGAGAGCUACAAGUUCCAAGGCUGGCUGGGCAAGUCCCCAGAAGCCGUCAACGGAAAGAUGGAGUGGGGCGAAUAUGAGCCCAAGAAAUGGACCGAGGAUGAUGUGGAUAUUGAGAUCUCCCACUGCGGUAUUUGCGGCAGUGACUUACACACGUUGAAGUCUGGCUGGGGACCGACACCCUACCCUUGUGUUGUGGGCCACGAGAUCGUUGGCAAGGCCGUGCGCGUAGGAGCGAACGUUAAGCACGUCAAAGUUGGUGAUCGCGUCGGAGUUGGUGCGCAAUCAAGAACUUGCCAGAAGAGCACCUGUCCCGCAUGCUCGAACGACUUGGAGAGCUAUUGCGGUGAAUUAUUGGUCAACACUUACGGCUCUGAUUACCCGAACGGUGAAGGAAAGAGUUACGGCGGCUAUGCUGAUUACAACCGCGCCAACGGCCAUUGGGUCUUCAAGAUUCCAGAUGAAAUUGACUCAGCUGCCGUUGCGCCCAUGCUAUGUGGCGGAAUCACUAUGUACUCGCCCUUGAAGCGGAAUGGCUGCGGACCUGGCAAGACCGUGGGAAUUAUUGGCGUUGGCGGUCUUGGUCAUUUCGGUAUUCUCUUCGCCAAAGCAUUGGGUGCCGAUAAGGUCAUAGGCAUCUCGAGAAAGGCGGACAAGAGGGAGGAUGCGUUGAAGCUUGGCGCCGAUGAGUAUAUUGCCACGGACGACGACAAGGACUGGGCGAACAACAACCGAAGAACAAUGGACCUCAUCGUCAGCACGGUGUCUCAUUCGAAGAUGCCUUUGAAUGACUACCUUGGUCUCCUGAAAGUGAGAGGAACCUUGAUCCAAGUCGGUGCUCCUGAUGGAGGCGAGCUCCCCCCUGUCAAUGCCUUCCAGCUGAUUUUGAAUGGGAUUAAAUUGGGUGGCAGCAUGACUGGAUCUCCUUCGGAAAUAAGAGAGAUGCUGCAGCUUGCAGCGGAGAAGAAGAUCCAGCCUUGGAUUCAGGAACGGCCUUUGAAGGACGCUAACCAGGCCAUCGUUGACAUGGAAGAAGGCAAGGCUCGUUACCGAUACGUACUCGUCAACGAGAACUUUGGAAAGCAUUAGAUGCGAAGUUGAUUUUAGGAAGCGCGAAAUAGACGGCAAGGGUGUCAGGCCAGAUAGAGCAAAAUGAUUCAUUUCUACUAAAAGACUCGAGAUACCAUAGAUAGCUUAGGUAGGUACCUAACCUAACUGAAUUAUCAAUAUAAUUAUCAUCAAAUUCAAGUAUAUUGCUACUGUAUCCUUCUGAUAAAUAUUUCUGUCUCCGUUUAAGAUACCUAAGUCGGUUUGACCCUAUCGAAUUUAUCCCUUAGUUCAUAGUAAUAUAUAGAGCUUGGACCAUGUUUUUCCAGAAAGUACUAA